UUUUUUUUUUUUUUUUUUUUUUUAUUUAAUAAACAUAAAAACAAUUUUUUUAAAUUAACAGUUAAAUAAAAUUAAUAGUCAGAUACCUCAUUAUUAAAAUGGAUGAUGUUGAAAAUGACGGACGAGAUUAUAGUGAAAAUAUUGACGAAGGGCCAACGAGCAACGUUGAAACCGAGGGUUUUUUUACAACUGAUAAAAAAGAUACGCAAAAAAAAGAUGAUCCUGAAAAAGAUGGUAAAAUAAAAACAGAAAUAGUUAAACCAGCGGCAAUGGCUAAAGGUCCUUGUGUGUGUAAAAGAAAACAAAAAGGUACAAAACAUCGAAAAAGAAAAUUUAAACGAAAAAGUAAACGACGUUCACUUAAUCCAUUUAUAAUAUUUUAUCUUCAAAUGUACUAUAAAAAUCCGAGUAAAUGUAUCACUGAGGUUGCUUGUGAAGCCGGAAAAAUUUGGUGUAGUAUGACCAGUAAACAAAAAGAAGAAUAUAUUAAAAAAGCGAAAUCACAAAACGGUAAAAUUUUCAAAAAAACAAUUUCAUCAGAAAACAGCCCGAAGAAGGGCCGAAAAAAGGGAAAGAAAAUAAAAUCCGAAGAUAAAAAAAUUAAAAAGGAAAAGAAAGAAAAGAAAGAUUGUUAAUUUUUUUUUUUUAAUUUGAUAAAUAAAAAAAUUGCAAGUUAAUCAUGAAAUACAAGACUAAUUAUAAAUAUUUAUAUAAUAAUAAAUAAAUGAGAA